AUGGUUCCAGAGGGUAGCCAACUACUUGUGCCUCAGUUGGCGAGAUACUUUGGUGAUAUGUACAGAAAAGAGGUAUUUGUGGCUUUAUGUCAACUGCCCCCACUGCAAGUUUGUGUCUUUGAACCCCUUAAUUUGGUUCAGAGGUUUCAUAAGUUAACUGUCAAAGUGUUUGGAUUGUAUAUGUGGUCUACCUACAAAGGGACAUCUGUCGAUAAACAACUGGUUGUGUCAGAAGACUUGCAAUGGUCUCACCAUUCACAUUCAAGAUUGAGUGAAUUUCUUGCAGUAUAUUGGUCCAAGUGUGUGGACUGGCUCAGUCAUCAAGCCCUUUCACAGCCUGACCGAUGCAAAAUAAUACAGUGUGAGCAGAAGAUCAAGUUGACAAAUGAAACACGAGACCUUGCUAGAGUGCGCCGGCAUGAAUGGCCAGCACCUGUCUCAAAAGAGGUUGUCCUAGAUUGCUUGCAUUGUUAUUAUGAGGGCUUGAAGUGGACUGAUCCUCCUUGUGUCUCCACAUCUUUCAUGUUCAAGAAUAAGCAUCUUGAUGGUGUGAUGCUUGAUAAGGCAGGGAUUGUCAAGGAUUCUCCUGACUUGACUAUGAUGAAUGUAUGUGGUGACUGUCUCACUGCUUUGUUGAAGGAGAAUAGUGUACCUGUUAUGAACUAG